AUGAUCCCUAAUUCAGCAAUCGACAACGAGAAGGAAAAAACGAACAGUUGUUUUGAAAACCUUAAAAAAGACAGAUGGCACGUCCACAGCCAUGACCAACAUCAGGAAGUCCAGAAUACUUCUUUUGAAGAUUAUACUCAAAGUGAGUAUUCUAAAGAGGAAUCAACAAAUGUAGAAAGGAGUCAUCCACAAGAGUCCUUUACUGAUAACUCGUGUUCCCAUGUGAGCCAGAAGUUCAUUAGUCCAUGGGAGAAAUGGCUGAUUGAAAAAGAGAAACAGAAACGUGAGCAAUUGCACAAGGAAAGGGCAAAGAAGACCCUUGAGAAUGUUACUCAGAUUGACAUGGAACACAUGAAGCAACAGAAAAAGAUUAAGGAAAGUGAGAACACAUUUCGCUGGAUCCAAGGAAAGAAUCUAGCUGAGAAGCUUCGGAUUCAGCAGGAGAGAGAGAGACUGAAGGCAGCAAUGCAAGAAGAGGCUCGUAAGAAGCUUGAGAUGAGUGAAAAGGCUAAAAAAAAUUUUACUGCGUGGUUACAGAAGAAAAAAGAAGAGGCGAAAGCAACAAAAAUGGCUGAGGCUGAACACAAGAAAGAAGAAGAGGAAAAGAAAAAGAAGAAGCAAGCUUUGGCUGAGGAAAAAUACAAUGAAUGGUAUAAACGUGCCAUGAAAACACAAGUGAAACCUGCCACCAAUGGCAUGGGAUAUCUUUCAGGGAAAUUAACAGGUAAGAAAAUGACUUGUUGA